UUCAGCAGCCAGUUCGUACACACUCCGUCUAAAACUGCUACACCUGUAUUUACACCUGAAUGUUACACCUGUGUGAUAAGGUAGAAUCAAUAGGGAGCUACCUGUAUACAACACUAUACCUGCUUAGAUUGAAGUAGCAAUGGACGAUCUCUGAAGGAACAAUGAGUACGAAAGAGACUCUGUCUAACGGGGUGGUUCCCAACCCCCCGGGAUCCGACCGCUGGGUGGACAUCCAGCAAUCUACAUUUACGAACUGGGUUAAUGAACAGUUAAGUCAGUAUAGUGGUCGUUCCCUCACGGACUUAAGGACAGACUUGUGUGAUGGGGUACACCUUGUUGCCUUGGUGGAGACCCUCCAACUCAAGAAGAUUGGGCGAGUCUACAGUAAACCACAGGGUCAGAUUCAGCGGCUGGCAAAUGUCUCUUUGGCCUUGACCGCCAUUACAGAGGACAACGUUAAACUCGUCAACAUAGGUAACGAGGACGUCGUCAACGGAAACGUUAAACUCAUCCUUGGUUUGAUAUGGCAUCUCAUUGUACGGUAUCAGAUAUCCAACCGGAAAACCAAGUCUCCGCCAAAAAAACUGAUGAUGAACUGGUUCCGGUUAGCCAUCCCGGACUUGGAAAUCAACAAUUUCAACAAAGAUUGGGAAGACGGGAUAGCACUUCACGCCUUAAUAGAACGACUCAAGCCAGGAACAAGUCCAGACUGGAGAAAACUACACAGCAAGAACAAGGUAGAGAAUUGUCGCAGUGCCAUGCUACUCGCCAAAGAAAAACUUAACAUACCGCGGGUUAUCUCCCCUGAAAACUUUGCCAGUGGUGACCUUGACGAGCUGUCGGCCAUGACCUACCUGUCCUACUUUGUCAAGGUCGACUCACCUGGUUAUUAUGACACGCUAAACUGGGUGUGCAAACAACUACGAACAACCGCCAUCACCAACCUCACGACUGAUUGGAAUGAUGGUCGCCAUGUUUGUUCCAUUGUCCAUUCACUUGGAGGAGAAAUCCCAGGCUGGCCCGACCUUGACCUUAGUGAUCACGUGGGUAACUGGCAGAAAGCCCUCGAUGGCGGUAAAGAGCUCGGAGUUGAGCCCCUACUUAAAGCUAGUGAGAUGUCCGAUCCGAGCCUUGACCAUCUCACAAUGAUGGCCUACGUCGCCAGGUUUCAACAAGUGACCCCGCCAAAACGUGACAAGGACAAGGUCAAGGUCACAGCUAGUCUCAACAACACCAAGACGGGAAUACAGACAUCGUUCAGCGUGGAGGCAAUGGACCGGGCAGUCAAAACAGAUAAAGUGGAGGUGGAGGUCAAAGGUCCGAAGAGUCGUAUUGAUACCGAUGUCCAAUGGAAACUACUUAAAGCAAACUGCAGAUUUACACCGCGGGAGGUUGGGGAAUACCAGAUAUCUGUAAGCUACAACAAAGUUAUGGUCACUGGAUGUCCAGUUAAAUUUGCUGUGAAGGCUGACAUGUCCAAGGUCCGAGUACUGACCACUUCCACAGAAUGUACUGUUGGCAGCACACAGCAAAUACAGGUAGAGGUCAAUGAUACCAAAUAUGGUGUUAUCUCGCUGGAGAGUCACUCACCGUCCGGACAGGUAUAUGCUCUUCCAGCGGAGGAAAACCAAAAGGACGAGCUUUAUGUGGCUAACUUCCGUCCGAAACAUGUCGGACUUUGGAUGGUCAGGGCUUACAUGGACGGGGAAGAAGUUCCCAACUCACCGGUGAACUUUGAUGUAUCUGACCCGCAGAAAGUUUGGCUUUCCGUGCAGGGACGAGGAGUUGUGGACGAAGUAGUGUCGUGUCAUGUUGAUGUAAGCAACGCUGGAACGGGGAAGGUCACAGCGGAGGUAACACAUCUUGGUAAGCAAACAUUAUGUGACAUUGCCAAGCAGGAAGACGGGAAUUGGUCUAUCACGUUCACCCCCUCAUGUCCGGGAUCCUUCUUUCUAAAAGCUGCCUUCAAUGGCACAACCAUUACAGGAUGUCCGAAAUUAGUGGAUGUCGUGGACCCUGGUCAGAUAACGGUGACCGGAGAGGGUAUCUCCCGAGGCCUGAGUGGGAAGGAGUCCAGGUUCAUCGUAAACACAGGGGACCUUGGAGGAAACAUCGUCGUCAACAUCAGCGUGGGAGACACCGAGGUUAACACAAAGUGGGAGGAAGUCGGCUCCACGGCUCACCAAUUCUCGUAUACACCUCAUCAGACGGGGGUCUAUAGUAUUACCGUGCUAUGGAAUGACAUGAAUGUUGCAGGAAGUCCGUUCAAAGCCAAAAUUACAGACAGGUCAAAAGUGAGACUGAAAGACGAUCUGAGUGGGGACAAGGAUGAGAAUGAUUAUCUUGCCUUGGUGUGUGGGGCCGACACUGUUCUCCACUUCGACAUCAGUGAUGCUGGUCCAGGAUCCUUCAAUGCUGAAGUGCUGGCUCCUAGCGGCAAAUUGCCUGUGAAUCUUGACCAACCAGAUGAGGACGAAGUAGCGGUCAGUUUCAAGGCCAAAGAGGAAGGGGAUCACUAUAUACACUUGUAUUGGUCAAAUGUCCCCCUGGACUCGUCCCCUAUUCUCUCCUACUGUCCGGGACCCAUACUUCCGAUUGACCACACUAAGGUCAAGGUCACAGGAAAGGGAAUUAAGGAAGGUCGUGCUGGAGUUCGGAUGCAAUUCAUGAUUGAUGGUAAACUGGCUGGUCCAGGGGUGCCAAGGGUGGAACUGCAAGGCCUGAAAUCCAGUCCGACAGUUGACAUGAAAGCCUUGAAGUAUGACCGAUACCGCUGUCACUACACCGCCCCCUCCCCUGGGGCUUACCUUAUGUACAUCUACUGGUCCGAAACAAAGCUGAUAGGCGUUCCUUACAAGAUAUCCGUGUCCCACAGGGGAGCCGGGGGAAAGGUCAAGGUCUUAGGUCGCGGGUUAAAAGGCGGAUUCGUUGGUCAAGAGCUCCGAGUUAUUGUCGAUACAACAGUGGCCGGUUACGGCGAGGUAGAGGCAGGCAUGUCUGGGCUUUUACGACCAGCUCGAUGUGAUAUCUUGGACCAGCAGAAUGGAACAUACACCUUACGACUGUUUCCAACAGAGGCGUGUAGACACAGUCUCUCAGUGAGAUUCGAUGACGAACAUGUUCCAGGCAGUCCGUUCAGUAUUCCGGUCGGAGAACCUCCAGAUCCACGGAAAGUCCGAGUGUAUGGUCCAGGGAUACAGGAUGGACUGAUUCAAUCAUUUGAGAGCAAGUUUCUUGUGGAAACAUAUGGAGCCGGUGCUGGCCAGCUGGCAGUACGGAUCAGAGGGCCUAGAGGUGCUUUUAAAGUGGACAUGGAACGAGAACGACAAAACGACCGUACGAUUCUGUGUCGGUAUGACCCAUCCGAGCCUGGUCAGUAUGACGUCAGUGUCCGGUGGUCAGGACAACAUGUUAACGGAAGCCCAUUUUGUGUUCAAAUCUUUGAGACUCGUGAAGACCUGCAUGGAUAUCUGGAAUCCGAGAAGGGUAUUACUUUAACCAUGCAGAACGGAUAUGAAUGGACUGAAGAAGUAUAGAUUAUUUAACAACCUGCAGCCGAUGUUAAAACACUGAUUUUAUAUACAGUGGAAUCUUCGCUGUCAAUGUGUUUCGCCCCGGAGACCAGACGUAUGUGCCCAUAUCAAAAGAGAACCAUAUUUGUAUAGAUGUUAAAACAUCAUUGUAAAAUAAACUGUAUGAAUUUUAAAAAAAAGAAGAAGAAGUUUAUAUCAUUAUAAAUGAACUUACUGUAAACCAAGUCUUUGGUGGGGACUUUAUUUCGCGUUUUAAUGGAUAACAGCUUUUUUCGAGAUUUACAAUCCUCAAAGGGCUACUCUACCUGCGAUUGAAACGUUUCGUGACGAUUAAUUUUCGCGAAAAUAAUUCGGUUUACAGUAUGUCAUUAUAAAAGCUGUAGUUUGGAUUGAAGUUUUUUUAAAUGAUUCUAGCAUUAAUAUUUCCAUCAGGUAUACUUCCUCACAUUGUGUUUAAUCAUUCGUCAGUUUAUAUUUGAACAUCCUUUUAUCAGCCUGAUUCAUUGAAAUGUUUUCUUAUGGUAUUUGUAAACAUUGUCAUUUCUAAAUAUGUUUGAACAAGAAAUAUCGCAAUACGUUAUGUUUGCCUACAAACAUUAUUUAUUUUAUCAUUGACAUCAAUUUAAAUGAAAUUUAAAGUCACAGACGUACCAUUGAUUGAUGCUCAGCAAUUGCGCCAUUCAACACAAAGCACUAUGUUGUUUGUCUUUCACAAGACGACGAUGACCACGACGUUUUCUUUGGAGAGGCAUUUGCCGAUUAUAUCGGCUGUAACCAUAUGUCGCAGUGGAAUAGGGGGACUGUGAUACCAUGGUAUUCUUACCUCGUGUGGAUUUUCUACGAAUUUGGCCACCAUGUCUGGUGCAGAUUGAUUUUUUUGUAUACAGGUAGCAGUUAAUGCAAUAUCAUUCUUGGUUAGAAAACCCGUGUUUACAAAAUGUUAUAUAAAAACGUAGUGAAAACAGGACUUAAAUAAUAUCUUUAUAUGUAUCUACUGCAUUUUAAUGUACUGUAUAUGGUGCAUUUCUGAGCUGAGUGUAUAUGUUUGACGUUGUGGAAUAGAUACAAAGCGAGACUAAUAGAUAUGCCUGUGCGUGAACAUAUUUAUUUCAUUUUUUUCACAAUUUAUGUGUUUAUGAAUACAUAUUUUCAUAUUUGUAUAUUGAAUGCAUUUUAUCAUUCAAAGAAAAAAAUCGCUUUACGACACCAAUUCACAACGAUCGACCUGAAUCGAUCACUCGGGGGAGAAAAGGUCACAUGCUUUAAAUCGAUUUAACUUUUAAUAUUCACUAAAAUUAGGAUAUCAUUUAAUAUCACAUACAUGGCAUACUUGUUCGUCGAUGCCAGAAACUGCAUUCCUGCCAUGUUAUUUCCAACGUUAGGAAUUGAACGCAGGUCACCGCCUUUGUCAACUGAACCAAAGUAGUAUGUCGGUCUAGAGACAGAGACCGUAUUUAACACCAUGUACAAGCUAAACAAACUCGAAACUUUUAACUUUUACAAGUACAUGUAUGUAGUACACUGGUGUUCAUUGUCAUCAUAGAAAGCAGAGGUUACGUUCUCAAUAAGUUAUUCCCUUAAUAGAGAUCAUAAAUGAUUUUUACGAUGUCAUAUGGAUAUUUAGGUCUUGCAUGCAUGCAUACUACGUACGACAACUUGAGCGAAGUCUUCAAAGGAAAUUAUGACUAGAAUUGAAAAUAAAUCAUUUUGCAGUAUUUAAACAAGGUCGAGAAAACUGUCCGAACAAUUCAGAUACGAUGAAGAUGAAAUGUUGAUGUAGGAUUUUUAUUAUGUAAUGAGGGUUUUCGAGAAAAGGACUCGACAAGCAUUUUUUGAAUGUCGUACGAAAUGCCAUGAUUCUUACUGCCAUUAUAAUAUAUUGGUUAUUUGCAUAUUCCAUAAAAACCUAAAUGACCGUUUGAAUUCCAGUCGCAUACAUGUAGUUAGAGCUUUCAAGAUUUCCCUGAACAUAUGCAAUAUGUCGUUCCAUGGUGCUUUUUCAUACAGACAUGCCAGUAUUUUGAAAUGAUGUGUAUGCUUUGCGUUAUGUGGUGAUCAUAUCUUAUUUUCUGAACUAGAAGUGGCAGUGAAAGAGAACGAAAUAAUCUUGUUCCUAUUCCAGAGUUUUAUACAACAUUUUUUACAAAGACGAGUUCCACAAGGGAGACAAAUCCAACACAUCAGAUAAUUAAUUGUAACUUUACUUAUUUUACAACAUUUGCGAGACGAGUUAUAUCAAUUUUGAUUAUAUGAUUGGUAUGUAACACCAUCACUCAUUGGUCUAAAUGAGAUCACAUGACAUCAACUAUAUCCUUUGAAAUACCUCAUAACAUCAUCGUCAAGAUAAUAUAAGGUUUUGCCAGGUCAAUGGAAUGCUACAAUAACUUCUGCUAAAAAUGGAAAUUACGUCAUCGGUACUGAGAUAUUUUCUGACAAUGUUUAAUAUUCCUUUGAUAUUGUUUAGAUGGAUUUUUUCUGCAUUGUUGAUUAAUUAUUCAUUUCUUCUUUUAACUUUUUAAGGACAAUUCAUUAAAAAUCAUAUAAUGAAGUAAAUGCAGACUCUAGUUUCGAACACUCCUAUACAUCGACCUGUUUUCAGAUUAAUAUAAUGAUUUAUCAACCCUCGAAAUGCAUACAUUUGACCUGGCCAAUCAGGAAAGGGGAAAAAUCACAGUCAUAUAAUAUAUGGUUCUACGGACAUGACCUGGACAAUUCGGCCUCGGUAAAUAUUGUCCAGGUCAGGUCCGCAAAUCUAUGGAUUGUCCUUAACCGAAGUCUGUAUUUGUAUAUGUAUAAUAUUAAUAUCGCAUGCAUAUGUUGGUCCGGAUAGAGGAGUGCGAGGUCCUAGAUCAUUUGGAAAUGACAAAAUGCGGAAUUACUCCCCAGUAGUGCCCGACCUACCACAUCCCCAUUAGUGCCCGACCUACCACAUCCCCAUUAGUGCCCUAGGUUCGGAUAUAACCGGAACAAGGACGUAAAGCCCCAUCAACAAAUCAAUCAAGUGUGGGAGUAAACCUGAGUGCGCGUAAGAAAACCCACGUGGUUGGGCAUGUGACCCUUAACCUUUUCACGCCCGACUGGGGAAUCGAACCAUGGCCGCCUAGGUGAAAAGCAAGUGUGUUACCACUUUGCCUCCCGACCACCCAUACAGAUAAUUAGCGAUUUAUAUAAAACCUUGUAUAUACAAUACGAAAUAUCAUGAUAAGUAUAGAGCAGCUAUUGUUAAAGGAUUAGAUUUCAACAUGAAGAAUUGUAAAUUUCGGCCUAUGAAUAAUAAGAUAUAUCAAUAAGUAAUGUUCUCAAAGUAUUCAUCGACGGAAGGUAGUGUAGUGGUAGUGUAUAUGUAUAGGAGUGAAAGGGUUACGAAUGGAAAGACAGCGUAUAUAUUUACAUAUUGUUAUCAUUGUUUUCUAACGUUUCUACCAUUCGAUAAAAUUACGAAAAUUAUAUAUACUACUGGCUAAUAAAUGAAAUUAAGAAACAUUAUGAGCAAAAGAAAUUAAUCCUGUAUUUACCUAAAUCUUGUCAUAAAGCCGCGAUAACAGGGUGCGUUGUAAACUAACGAAAAAAUGUACACUUCCGUGUGUUUGUAAUGUCGUUGUAAAAGUAAGAUUUUAUAAAGUUAGAAAUAAUCGUCAGUAAUAAAAUUUGUUCAAAACAAUAA